UCUUGAAUGCCUAGACACUUCAGGUUUGCACCAGCCUGACCAAGCGGGACCAUGUCUACUUUUGGGUACAGAAGAGAGCUCAGUAAAUAUGAAGAUAUUGAUGAAGAUGAGCUCCUCGCUUCUCUCACUGAAGAGGAGCUGAAGGAGCUGGAGCGGGAGCUUGAGGACAUAGAGCCCGACCGUAACCUUCCGGUGGGACAACGGCAGAAGAGCCUGACAGAGAAAACGCCAACGGGGACUUUCAGCCGGGAAGCGCUGAUGGCCUAUUGGGAGAGGGAGACCAAGAAACUCUUAGAAGAAGAAAGACUGGGUGCGUGCGACAAGGACUCUGAAGACAUUCAGGACAAUUCAGAAGACAUUCAAGAAGAGUAUUUCACAGAAAGCAAUAGCGAAGUGUCUGAGGAGGCAUAUACUGAAGAGGAUGAGGAAGAAGAAGAAGAAGAGGAAGAAGAGGAGGAGGAGGAGGAGGAGAAUGAAGAUGACAGUGAUGAUGAGGGUGAGGAUGAGGAAAAACAAAAUUCUGCAGCUGGUGAAAGACCUGAGGACGUCAGGAGUUCUGACCACAUCAGACGCAAAAAAUGUAACAGUGCAAAGGACAGUGACAACUUACUCAAUGGCCACGAUGGAAGAGACAGUGAUAAUCUGAGCUUAAAAAGCAGUGCCAUCCACCCUUGUGGAAAUCCAACAGUUAUUGAGGAUGCUUUGGAAAAAGUUAGGAGCAAUGACCCUGACACCACAGAGGUCAAUCUCAACAACAUUGAAAACAUCACUUCACAGAUGCUUAUACAAUUUUCUCAAGCCCUGAGGGACAACACAGUGGUUAAGUCAUUCAGCUUGGCUAACACGCAUGCUGAUGACAAUGUUGCAAUAGCUAUUGCUGGUAUGUUAAAAGUAAAUCAGCAUAUAACUAGUCUGAAUAUUGAGUCCAAUUUUAUCACAGGCAAAGGAGUGCUGGCCAUCAUGAGAGCGCUGCAGAACAACAAGGUUCUAACAGAGCUGCGGUUCCACAAUCAGAGGCACAUCAUGGGCAGCCAGGUGGAAAUGGACAUAGUUAAACUGUUAAAAGAGAACACCACUCUGGUCAAGCUUGGCUAUCACUUUGACCUUGCUGGCCCAAGAAUGAGCAUGACAAGUAUCCUGACAAGAAAUAUGGAUAAACAAAGGCAAAAGCGUAUGCAGGAGCAGCGGCAGAAAGGGACACCUCGGUCUUCACCUUAUGUGUCACCUAAGAACUCACCUUGGUCCUCUCCAAAGCUCCCUAAGAAAGCACCAGCUCCUGCACCUCCACCGCCACCUCCACCUCCACCUCCACCUCCUCCUCCUCCUCCCCCAGUUAUUGGCUAGAAGAAAGCACCAACCAGGAAUAUAGCUGAAGUCAUCAAACAGCAAGAAAGCUCAAGAAAAGCCUUACAGAAUGGACAGAAAAAGAAAAAAGGCAAAAAAAGCAAAAAACAUGAGAACAGCAUAUUGAAAGAAAUUAAAGAUUCUCUAAAAUCAGUCUCAGACAGAAAAUCGGAGGAAGGUUCACGACCCUCCACCCGUCCCUCUACUCCACAGAGGUCUCUCCAUGACAACCUUAUGGAAGCAAUUCGGGCAAGCAGCAUAAAGCAAUUAAGGCGGGUGGAAGUACCAGAAGCCCUUCGGUGAGAGCCUGGACAACAGAGAAGCAGAGCACUGCAGUGGUUAAGAGAAGGUGACUUGUCUGUUCACUGGUGGUAACACACUGUGUAUCAAGCUGCUUCCAAAGUAUGCUCUUAGAUUCAAGCCAUUUCUCUUUUAUUUCAAAGAAAUAAGCCUGCUAAAUACAAAACAAUGCUUUAAGGAUACAUUUGCCUUGUAAUCUGUAAAUAUGGAAAUAAUUUUUUAUUUAAUGAGAUUUCUAUGGAGAAAAUGCUGCUUAUUUAGAUAUUCUUUUCAAUAUCUGAUUGCACAUCACUGGACAAGUUCUUCACAUUGAGAUUUAAUAGUUUACCAGUCUGUGGUUUCUUCUUUUUAUUUUUUUUUCCCCAUGAAUUUACAAUAAACGUGGUUUGAAGCUUUCAAGCA